GCGGCGGGGGAAGCUCUGCGCCGACCGUCGCCAUGGGUGGAGGCGACCUGAACCUGAAGAAGAGCUGGCACCCCCAGACCCUGCGCAAUGUGGAGAAGGUGUGGAAGGCCGAGCAGAAGCAUGAGGCCGAGCGGAAGAAGAUCGAGGAGCUGCAGCGGGAGCUGCAGGAGGAGCGGGCGCGGGAGGAGAUGCAGCGGUACGCCGAGGACAUGGGCACCGUCAGGAAGAGAGAAGAGAAGCUGGAGUGGAUGUACCAGGGGCCUGGAGGCAUGGUGAACAGGGAGGAGUACCUCAUGGGUCGCCCUGUGGACAAAUACAUCUUUGAGAAGAUGGAAGAGAAGGAGGCAGGCUGCUCCAGUGAGACAGGGCUCCUGCCAGGCUCCAUCUUUGCCAAGUCUGGUGCCAAUUCUGUCCUGGAUAUGGCCAACAAGAUCAGGGAGGAUCCCCUGUUCAUGAUCAGGAAGAAGGAGGAGGAGAAGAAGAGAGAGGUGCUGAACAACCCUGUGAAAAUGAAGAAGAUCAAAGCCCUGCUGCAAAACAGCUUAGAGAAAAAGGAGAAGAAGAAGAAGAAGGAGAAGAGGAAGAAGCACAAAAGGCAUCGGCGGCGCAGCUCCAGCAGCGGCAGCCACAGCAGCCAGGAGGAGAGAGGCAAAGCUAAGUCCCAGAAGAGGGAGAGCAGUUCCUCCUGCAAAGCUGCUCCUUCCAGAGUCCCAGGAUAUGGGUUACAGGUGAGAGACUCUGAGCAGAGCCACAGGCCCAGGAGCCCUCCAGCUGCCAACCACAGGCACUGGGAGCGCUCCAGGAGCAGGUCCCCUUCUCCUCAGAGACACUCCAGCAAGAGGAGCUCAGAACAGGCUGCAUGCAGGGGCUCAAGAUCUCCUUCCAGACACAGCAAACAGCACAGCAGCCGGGAGGAGAAGGGCAGAGCCAGGAGCCCUUCCCCCAGGAGGAGCCACCGGCGGCAGCACACCUCGGGGUACACCAGAAAGAUCUCCCCGGAGGAGCUGGAGAGGAAGCGCCAGGAGAUGAUGGAAAAUGCCAAGUGGAGGGAGGAGGAGAGGGCAAACAACCUCAGAAAGCACCAAAAGCAGGAGGAGAUGGAGAGGGAGCUGGAGAAACUCGACUCCAGGGAUGGGAAGUUCUUCAACCGUUUGAAGCUGGAGAGUGCCUCCUCCUCCACCCUGGAGGAUCGAGUCAAGCGCAACAUCCACUCCCUGCAGAGGACUCCUGCUGCCCUGGAGAGGAACUUCAUGCAGAGAUGAAACUGGGUCCCAGAAGUGGGGG